CUGUUCUCCAGCCCUCAAAAUGAUAGCCAUCUGUGCCCUCAGCAGUGCACUAUUGCUCUCUCUUCUCUAUGAAGCAAGUGCCAUUGCCUUACUCAAUUCUACUGACUCAUCCCCGCCAACCAAUAAUUUCACUGAGAUUGAAGCGGCUCUAAAAGCACAACUAGAUUCUGCGGAUCUCCCCAAAGCCAGGCGGAAGCGCUACAUUUCGCAGAAUGACAUGAUCGCUAUCCUCAAUUAUCACAAUCAAGUUCGGGGCAAAGUGUUCCCACCAGCAGCAAACAUGGAAUACAUGGUUUGGGAUGAAAAUCUUGCAAAAUCUGCAGAGGCUUGGGCAGCUACUUGCAUUUGGGACCACGGACCUUCUUAUUUACUGAGAUUUUUGGGCCAAAAUCUAUCUGUGCGCACUGGAAGAUAUCGCUCUAUUCUCCAAUUGGUCAAACCAUGGUACGAUGAAGUGAAAGAUUAUGCUUUCCCGUAUCCCCAAGACUGCAACCCCAGAUGUCCUAUGAGAUGCUUUGGCCCCAUGUGCACUCAUUAUACCCAGAUGGUUUGGGCCACCUCCAAUAGGAUAGGAUGUGCAAUUCACACUUGCCAAAACAUGAAUGUCUGGGGUUCUGUAUGGCGGCGGGCAGUUUAUUUGGUUUGCAACUAUGCUCCCAAAGGCAAUUGGAUUGGAGAAGCACCAUAUAAAGUAGGAGUCCCAUGUUCGGCUUGCCCUCCAAGUUACGGGGGAUCUUGUACUGAUAAUCUUUGUUUUCCAGGAGUAACAUCAAACUACCUGUACUGGUUUAAAUAAGCUUACCUUUUCCUCCAAGAAAUAUAGUGGUUUCUGGGA